CUUACUACCAGCGAUCAACAGCACCGCCACAACGCUCGCAAUUGCGCUGAACAACGCCGACCUUUGUCUGCAUAGCCCCAUCCUUACGCAACGCGAGUCGUACGCUUGUGCUUCUUCUGCCUGUGCCCGAGCAUCCGCAUUUCCGAUAGCCAAGUCGCCUGAUAGCCUAGCCCGAGAGCUGUCCUCAGCUUGUGCAGUCAACAAAGCUACUGCCAACGAGCUGCGAUCCUCCACAACCACUUUUGCGCGCGCACCACGACUAGUCACGAAGCUGCCACAAGCAUCGAAUCGCAAAUAUGACGCUUGCUGAGGAGUUCAAGUCGAGGAAUUUCAGCAUCUACGGUCAAUGGACUGGAGUGCUGUGCAUCGUCCUUUGCUUCGCGCUCGGAAUCGCGAACAUCUUCCACGCGACUUUCGUCAUCGCGUUCAGCAUCGUGUGCUUAGUAUCAGCCUUCCUCAUUAUCUUCAUCGAAGUCCCGCUCCUCCUCCGUAUCUGCCCGACAUCCGCCAAAUUUGAUACCUUCAUCCGUAAGGUCGAGACAAACUACAUGCGCGCUGGGUUCUACGCCGUAUUGGGCACCGUGCAGUGGAUUAGCAUCUGGCCCCAGGCGACAAGCUUGAUUGUUUGUGCUAUCUUCCUAACGCUCGCCGCCGUCUUCUAUGCGCUCGCUGGUUUCAAGGGCCAGGCGUUCCAGGGCAGCAAGACUCUGGGCGGACAGGGUGUCGCUCAGAUGAUCAUCUAAAAGAUGCAUUCGCUACAGGGCGAUAAGCAAACUAUUGCAGAGGACGCAAACACAUUUGUAGUCGUCGCUUGACGAUAGCGCCAUACAGUUUGAAGAUGAAUCGGCGCAAAAUGAGCCUAAGAAGGGCAAGGCGAGGCAUUGAUGGUAGUCAGAGGGAACAUUGUGUACCAACACUUGAUACCAGGGCGUUAUUUUGGUUUGACAUGUAGCUUUUGACGAAACGAGAUUACCACGAAUGGAUCGAUGCUGUUCAGUGUCUACAGAAGCAACUGUCGUGCACACUGUGGGGGCAUCGACGUAACUGUCUGGCUGGCUGGGGCCCACAUGACGGCAUAUACGAGUAGCAACAGUGUUAGCAGCCGCUGACGUCGCCGAGUUUAUCUUGAGACUUGAGCGCAACUGUCGAUUGCACGUCAAGAGCCUCAUGAAAGAUCUCAAAGCGCAUAAGAGCCACUAGCGUCUAUUUCCUAGGAAUGUCAAGGUCUGCCAGA